UUUUUGAGCUGGUUGAUCUAAAGUCGUCAUCAUGAGGAAGAAGCUCAGAGUCUAAUGAGUCGACCAGAGAGAGGAAGAACAUGUGACCACUUCCUGACAACACGCAAACACACAAAACCAGACUCACACACACUCAGCCGGAGUCGGUGAAUCGGAGUCGGUGAUGUUUCAGGUGAUGCUGUCCAGAUAAAACAUUACCUGCUGCACAUAAACCAUGUUUCUAUCCAUCCAUGUGCUCAGGAUCCACAGCAGUGUGUGUGCAUGAAGACAUGUCUGACUUGUGGACAUUCCCAGCAGGGUCUCCUCCUCCCAUCAUCCACCAGUCCUCUCGGACACACUCCCUCCCUCCUUUCUCCACCUCCUUAUUCAGGAACCAUGGAAACCUUUCUCCUGCCAAGGUGUCCUCGCCUCAUGUAUAUCCGCCCCAGAAUACGUCCCCUCACAUGUGUCAGGUAACCUCGCCGAACCUCAGACUGCAGACCCAGGCUUCCUCCUUUCAGUUCCCCCAGUCCCAGAUGACCUCCACUCACCUCACACAGCCGCAGGUCGCCUCCCCACACCUUUCGCCGCAGAUGGAGGUAUCCCCCUCCCACUUCUUCUAUCAGCCCCAGAUGACCUCUGCUCACCUCCAUUCAGCCCAGGUCAACUCCUCCUACCACUCCCCUCUCCUCCACAGUCCUCAGGUUAGCUCCCCUCAACUCACUCCCCAACCUCAGCACUUCCUGUACAACCAGAACCCGGAUCCAGAGUUGGACUACACUGACUGGAGCAAGUGUGAGCCGUCCUCCGAUCUGUCAUGUUAUCUCAACGGGAGCGCGUUCCCCUACCAGAACCAGUCACCCUCCCAGUAUCAGUACAGCACCAGUGAGACGCCCCACACGGAUGAGGUGGAGCGAACAGCCAAAGCCUAUAACACUCCAUCAAUUCAUGCCGGCGGCGUGUUUGAUCACAGCAACCCAGCAGGUCAGGCCCCGCCCACCUGGGACUCCAUGUCCCCCACCCUGUCCCAGGUCCAGUGUCCUCCUCUGGGCUCCACCUCUGCAGCUGACGCCUUGGGCAGAUGGAGCUCCAUUGAGAUGAGCUCUUCCCCUGCUGAGGAUUUCCCCAACAACCAGUUCUACCAUGAGGGUUACCAUGGAAACAACACCCAGCAGCCCUUCUGUAGCCCAACAACCCCAGGUCCAAGUCCUCACUACCCUCCAACGCCGGCCGUCUCCAGUCCAGGUCUUCAGAUGCGGACAGGUUGUCCCAAACAAACGUCCAACCAGCUGAGCAGGGACCCCACCGCCGCGCUUUCUCCCAGCGACCCCAGCAGCUACUGCCCGUCCUCCGACAGCACCCAUCCCCACCAGAGAGCCCAGCACCUCCUGCCGGUGCAGAGCGAAGCGGAGGAGGCCGCCGGCAGCCUUGAGACCAGCUUCUCCCCUCUGGACAGAGGUCCAGCCUGCAGUGGUUCUGGUCCCACCCGGGGCCUAUCUGCAGGGCGGAGCUGUAAGGAUGAGAGCAGAGGAGGAAGAAGAGGGCCAAGAAAAGGGGUUGAAAGCCAACCAGACUGGAACUGGGUGAAGCAGGUGCAGCCUUUAAGAGCCACUGGGGUUCUGGACUCCAGCAGGUCCCGGCUGCUGUGCACGGUGUGUAACCGUGACUUUAAGAGUCUCCCAGCAUUAAACGGACACAUGCGCUCCCACAGCGGCUUCAGAUCGCCAACACGCCUGAAAAAGGACAACUCUCCUCCCACUCAAAGCCCAGUGUCCAUCGUAAUGCCCGUUUCAGUCCCGGUCCAAACCAGAGGAAUGUCCGGGCAGAAGAAAGGCGUCACGCCCACCCCAGCCAACGGGGGCGCUGUCCUCUACUGCAGCAUAAUGCAUCUGAAAGAGCAGGAAGAGGCUGAAGGCAGCCGGGUUCAGACGGAUGAUCCAGGUCAUUACACCCCUCCCCCGAUGCUCCGCCCCGACAGGCCUGGGACGGGGCUGUACCACUCCGUCCCCACCAGGAGGCAGCAGAGAGCAGACACCAUGCAGCUGCACAUUUUAGGUGAACCCGUUCCUAUGGCAACCGCCUGUCCUCCAGCAGAGCCCAUAGCAACAGGAGGCAUCAAGCCGCGGAUCAACUUUGGGAAGAGCUUCCAGGCCGAGAUCCCGUCUUUACGGGACAGAAAAUAUGCCUGGGCCGACUCCCACAAUGCACUGCUGCUGUGGACGCCGUAUGAUGAGAUGGAGUGCCCCGUGGAUCAGCAGAGAGUGGAGGCUCUGCUGAUGAUGGCCCGGUCCAGUGUGGUACCAGGAGCCCGGGCCGGGCCAGAACACGCCCUGCAGCUGCUGGCACAGUGCAAAGGAGACUUCCUGCUGACGGUGGAGAGGAUGCUAUCCGAACCAAAGAUCUCCUCCAACCAGACCGGUGUUCAGUGGAGCGCCGCCGAGAAAAAGCUGCUGGUUAAAUCCCUGCAGAUCCACCAUAAAGACUUCAGCAGCGUCCAGAAAGUGGUUCGGUCCAAAUCCCUGUCAGAGUGUGUGGAGUAUUAUUACCUCUGGAAGAAGAAGCUGAGUCUGGGAGUGAAGACCCCGAAUGGGCUGACCGUCAGUCUGCCUGAAGGAAAUGGUCAAAAAGCAUCAAAAUCCCAGAAAGCCUCAUGAAGCCAGAGAGCAUCAGCCUCUCGGGGAACACACUACUUAACAACACAAACCCACACAUGUAGAUUAAAAAACAGAAAACAUGGAAGCCAUUUUCUUCCGGGUUUGUUGGUUAAUUGUAGUUCAUUUAGGUUAAUGUGACAAUGUUUGAAAUUAUUACGUCUGUAUUUAUCCAUGAAGCUGUUUAAAUGUGCAAAGUUGCUUCACCCUGAAGUCUUAGUUUCAUGUCAGUGUGUGUAGCAGCUGAUCUAUGUGAUAUAUUUCUACACAGCACUGGACUUUCCUGUUGUGACGAUUUAAUAAAACAGCCAAAUGUGAACAA